GCGAUCGCCUGUUCUGGGGCAUGGGGGAGACACUCGAAUGCGAGGUGUUCAAUGUCAACAUUGAGGCAAUAUACGAUCGAUGGGGACACCUUGUGCGGGAUUUGCAGGUCGAUGCUAUUCUUCCUAAGAUAAGCGAUCUCUGUGAAGCAAUAUCUAGCCGCGGCUCGCCCCUUCCACGCUGUUGGGGCUUCCUCGAUGGCACAAUUCGGAAAAUCUGCCGUCCUGGUCGUUGGCAACGUAUGUACUAUAAUGGAUGGAAACGUCUCCAUGCCCUCAAGUAUCAGGCAGUAGAUUCUCCGGACGGUAUCAUUCGCCAGCUUUGGGGUCCUGCCCUCGGUCGCCGCCACGAUGUAGCGCUACUAGGGGAGAGCGACCUGCUUGCUGUGUUGAUGCAAUCGUUCAAUAAUGCGCAGGGAGAGCCGUACUACCUGUACGGUGAUCCGGCGUACCAGAACUCGCCGUGGUUGAUGUCGCCAUAUCGGGGUUUGUUGACCCCUGAGGAAGCUGGCUUCAAUUCCGCCAUGAGCAGUGUUAGGGUUCCGGUGGAAUGGGGGUUCGGUCGAGUCGUCGCCCAGUGGCCCUACGUAGACUACCACAAGAAGCAGCAGGUCGGUCUAAGCGCGUGUGGCCUCGGCAAGCAGUAUUCUGUCGCCGGCAUUCUCACCAAUUGCCAUUGCUGCUUCUACCCAAAUUCGACGGCACAGUACUUUGACCUCCAACCCCCGUUCCUCGAGGAAUACCUACAGGGAGAGGGCUAAGUCGGACGUACUCGAAGUAGGAAUC